UGUAGAACAUGUGUUUGUUUGCGUUACUUCAGAGCAAAUCCGGAAAAGGGGCGUACCUGGCUAUCCAUGUAGCAUACUCUCUUAGUGACUGGCCAGCGAGUCUAGAGCUGCAGUCAACCAUACAAAAGCAGGUGGACGGCUUUAUACUGAGUGAAGAUGGCUGCUUGUGUGGACACCAAUGCAGUUGAAUUCCAGCAGUUAGUUGCUCUCGUUGGUCAAGUGAAACAGAAUCUGUGUGAGCUUGGAACGGAAUGGAGACAGCUGCAACAAGAUAUGUCCAUCACUCCGGAUCAGCCAACUGUCCAAAUAGGUAGCACUGUAGUGGUCAGUAAGGCGGAGCUUGACUCGUUGGCCACGGAGACGAUGAUGCUCAAAGAGUUCCUACCCAAAGUGCUCAAUCCUGACUACCUCUCCACCUUCAGUCAGCUCUCACACGUUGAGCAGGUGUGUUUGUUGUUGACUGGUCCAGAGUUGUGCAGUGUCCUGGAGGAGAGGGAGGGACUGGUUACUCACUGUGAGCAGCUGGAGAGACGAACAGAGGCCGUGCUCACCGACUAUGAGCAGGAGAAGAAAGACAAAUUUGCUGCCAAAUGUGAGGCUAUGGAGUUGUCUCAGCAGCUCUCUCAACAGGCUGACUAUUGCUCCUCCCUCGGCUCUGCUUGCUGCACUCUCCUCUGGAGGGUGUCUCGACACGAGGACUGUAUACACUCCAUUCUCAGUGGGUCUAAAGUGAGUGAGUUUCUGGAGCUGGUGUCCAGCACUCUCCAGAGCUUCCUAGCUGCCUACACUGAGGACCUCCCCAGUGAGGAGAGUGACGAGGCUCAGUUCAUCCUCGCACUAUGUGGCAUUGUCACCAAUAUAGCUGCCUCUGCGUACGGUCGUGACUACCUCUCAGAGAGUGGGAAUGGACGUGUUCUCAUAGACAUGCUCUGCUCUGUCCUCUCCACUGCACCCAAUACUCAACCAUGCUCUAAAAUGAAGGGGCUGAUUCUAAUGGCUCUGUACAAUAUCAGUAUCAACCAGAAGGGCCUCCAAUACCUCACCUCCAAAGAUGAGCUGAUGAAGGUUCUAGCCUGGAUGCUACAAGGUGGAAUGGAUUCAACCAACAAGCUACACUGUUUGAAACUCUUACAGUCGCUCAUCCUUGAGCCCCAGAGUUCAGAGGUCGUGCACCAGGCCCUGGAAGCUGUUCCAAUGCAGCUACUCCAGAAGCUUUCCUCAGACAUCAACACAGAGGUUCAAGAAGCAGCACUGGAGCUCAUGUCCGACCUCUCAUCUCUCCAGAACACGCCCCACUAGCUACCAACCAACCAUAGACUGACUGCAUUCCAAUCAAACUGUCAUUUUGAUCCCUCAUAAUCAGCUCUACACUUAUGUCUUAUGAUUAUACAUGUACCUUGCAAUACAAUUCUGAUUAUUAUAUCAUUCUGUA